AUGUGGGCUGGAUCCGCCCCUGAUGACCACCUCCGUCACAGGAAGUAUCAAAGGCACUUAAAAUUAAAUAUAAAUAACCCCUUUCACUUUGACUCUCUCUCUGACACACAUUUUGACCUCUCUCUCAAAUCAAAUCAGGAGCCACCACCGUCAAACCCACCACCACUCACCACCCACCAACAACCACCAUCAUCAGAUCUGAAGCCUGUCACCAACAACCCACCACCAGAUCUGAAGCUUGUUCAUGUUUCAACCGCUGUUGCCGCCAUCACCUCAUGCCACCACCAUUUAGCCGCCGUCACCUCCUGCCACCACCACCAACCACUGUCACCCGUUAAAAAGAUUGAUAGGGUAAAGCAAGAAAUGGAAGCGGCUGAACGCGAUUGCCAUCUUAACCGUGCUGUGGAACUCAAAUACGGAACGCUAAUGACUCUUCAACUACAACUGGAAGAAGCCGAGAGAAAUCUUUCUGAUUACCAACAUUCCGCGAAUACCCUUAUCAAAUCUCCAACAAUCUGAGAGAGAUAAACUUGUGUCUCUCGAACACGUUCUCCAUAAAAGAGUUAUCGGUCAAGAUAUGGCGGUCAAAUCUGUGGCAGAUGCGAUGCGAAGGUCAAGAGUGGGUCUUUUCGAUUGCUGAAUUUCGUCGGUCUGUAUUUUCUGAUUGAUUUCUUACUGUUAUGAUUGUGAUUUUGAAUUGUGAAAUUGAUUGGUUUGGGGAUU